UGCGCAUGUGAUUCCUAUAGUCUUCGUGGAGGUUAUACACCAUUGAGGGUUUCUGAACCAAGGAUGUGUGACCUUGCAGAGCUUGUUUAGGAAUCCCUGACAGCUGCCAGAGCUGCUGGGAGUUUUAGAUGAACAACACGGGGCAUGUAAGUAUUCCCUGAUCUGGACUCACUGAAAUUUUUGCCCUGCAUGAUAAAAAUUCCCAAACAGCACACCUUCUUCUGUGACCAGAAAUAAUCCUUUCCUGCCUGCUCCCAAUGCCUAAUAUUUAAAGGGGAAGCAAAGUGUUGCCGCAAUAUGCUUUUAAAGGGCUGCUGUACAACUUUUAACAAACAGCAGUCUCCUAGAAAGUUAAAGUGAGUGUGACACUGUAACAGGAGAGUGGUUUAAAAGAUGCUAGUUCAAAUGCUUACUAUGAACUGCUAAUUUGUGCCCCCUCAAAUGUUGGGGCUUGUAAGACUGAUUGCAUUGAGCAGACUGCCCCUGUCUUACAGUCACUGCAGUAAAUCACUGGCAAGUACCCUGCAAAGCCUGCUGCUCAUAGUCCAUGCUAGUGAAAAAAAAAAUCGCAGCGUGCGAGUCUGAAGCCAUCAAUCAAUGGUGCCUGUAAACACCCCCUGCUGCAUGCCUGCCUUGUGCUCUAUCUCCCGUUCCCUUUCAGCAGCAGCAGCAGCAGAGGCGGCAGAGUCACAUUGGCAGUUACAGGGGAUGUUUAGGAAGGAGAAAGCUGCGUGAUAUUCGCCUGAGAUGAGAAAUAGAGGUGAGACAUCCUGAGCGCAUCUCACUCCAGCACAGGGGAAGGAAGCAGAGCCCGGGUUGGGGAAAGGGAGAGCCACACAGAGGGGAAGGGAGAAGGGGAGUGACCACAGGACAUUCAUCAGACGCCUGCCUGGUGCAUCCAGCACUUCAACCCCCACCUACAAGGAAAACAACAUUGCGACCCUGCUCGGGGGUUGAUGCCAGAAACACAAAUUAAAACUAAACAUAUUUUUUUUUUUAAAUUGUGCUAAUUUUGUUGAAGAUUUAAAAAAAAAAAGGAAAGGGAGACUGAGAAAAAAAUCAUAAUAAUAAUUAUAAUAAGAAAAAAAGUGAUCGAGCCCCUUUAUUGCAGCAUGUGCACAACUCUCUCUGUUCCUAAACCAUGACCUGCAGCUUUCACUUCUUUCCUGCUAUUCCACGUUCGGCAGCGAUCACAACAGAUCCAUGCGACUGUAACCUCUCGGCGUUCUGUGUCACCCAUGCAGGUUAAAUGAAUACCUGACGAAAGCGACCACGUUGCACGCCGCUGACAUUUGAUAGCUGAGAGGAAAAGUGGUUUUAAUGAAAAGCAACCUUUGGAAUUCCUGCCUGUGACCAACAAAAAAAAUCCUAUUCUGUGUUUGUGCUGUGAGCGAGAAAUGAUCAGUAGCAGCAGUGUUUAUGAUACCUUUCAUGGAUGUAAAGAUACAAUGACCCUAUUACCAGAAGCGCCAACCCUACUGAGAUUUGCAUCAGAAAGAGACUUCCCUGGCUUGAAGAUGCAGUGGACCCAGGAGCAUGUGCAGUGGCCGGAACAACACUUUGAUAUAACAUCAACCACACGGUCACCAGCUCAUAAGGUUGAGGUGUACCGAGGUCAUUUGCAGCGUACCUAUCAGUAUGCUUGGGCUAAUGAUGAUAUCUCUGCUCUGACUGCUUCAAAUUUGCUCAAGAAAUAUGCAGAGAAAUACUCUGGAAUUUUAGAUGGUUCUAUGGAGAGACCCUUGCUGAGUAACUAUACAGAAGUUCAGUCGGGUCUAGUGAAUGGUCGGAAGAAUGAAAGUGAACCUUGGCAGAGCUCCUUAAAUUCUGAAGGUGUUUAUCCCAUGAAUUGUGUUACUGAUGUUAUUACAGCUAGCAAAGGAGGAGUGGGAACAGCUAUUCCUUCAUCAGAUAUUUCUGCCAGCAUAGGCAGUUCUCCUGGGGUGGCAAGUAAUCUGUCAGAACCUAGUUAUUCUAGCAGUACAUGCGGCAGCCAUACCGUACCUGGUCUUCAUUCAGGACUACCAUCUCAGGAAUAUGCCACAGGUUAUAAUGGUUCCUACCUGCAUACAAGUUACAGCAGUCAGUCAGCAUCUGCGCUCCCAUCACCUCAUCCAUCACCACUUCAUAGCUCUGGCCUUUUACAGCCUCCUCCACCACCACCUCCUCCUUCAGCUUUGGUACCAGGCUACAAUGGGACAUCCAGUAUACCCAGUUAUAACUACCCACCUGCUAGCUAUCCACCUCAGUCAUCGGUUGGAUCAGGUUACAGUCCUGGAAGUGCACCUCCACCUUCUGCUUACCUACCAUCAGGUAUUCCUGCUCCAACUCCUUUGCCUCCCACAACUGUCCCUGGCUACAGCUAUCAGAGCCAUGGUUUAACUCCAAUAGCACCAUCUGUUGUCUCUAAUAGCUCAGCUAGUUCACUGAAAAGAAAAGCAUUCUAUAUGGCAGGGCAAGGGGAAAUUGACUCCAGUUAUGGCAAUUACAGCUAUGGUCAACAGAGAUCAUCACACAGUCCUAUGUACAGAAUUCAUGACAGCAGUAUUACAAAUUCAAAUAGGGGAAAUGGAUUUGAUCGAAAUGCUGAGACAGGAUCUUUAGCAUUUAAGCCAAUAAAGCAGUUAGUGUCCUCUGAUCAACAAAGAAAAUUCAACAGCCAGUCCACAAGAGCUUUAACUCCACCUUCAUAUAGCUCUACCAAGAAUUCAAGAUCAAAUGAAUCUUUUGGAAAAUAUAAUUCUUCUGCCAUUAAUGAACACAGUGAUGAGCAUCGUCAGUUACUACCACAUGCAAUGCAAGGCCCUGGACUUCAUACAGCUACCUCAUCCAACCACUCUGUGGACGACCAGCUGAAGAAUACUGACUCUCACCUGAUUGACCUUGUAACUAAUGAGAUUAUCAACCAGGGGCAUCCAGUAGACUGGGAUGAAAUUGCUGGCCUUGAUUUAGUAAAAGCUUUUAUAAAAGAAGAGGUUUUAUGGCCUGUAAUACGAUCUGAUGCAUUUAGUGGACUUACUGCCUUGCCUCGAAGCAUUCUGUUAUUUGGACCACGGGGAACAGGUAAAACAUUGUUGGGCAGAUGUAUAGCUAGUCAACUUGGUGCCACUUUCUUUAAAAUUUCUGGCUCUAAUCUUGUGACAAAAUGGAUAAACGAAGGAGAAAAAAUUGUUCAUGCAUCCUUUCUUGUUGCAAGGUGUCGACAACCAUCAGUGAUCUUUGUUAGUGACAUUGAUAUGCUACUCUCGUCCCAAGUUAAUGAAGAUCACAGUCCAAUAAGUCGGAUGAGAACAGAGUUUUUAAUGCAGCUAGACACUGUUCUGUCUUCUGCUGAGGACCAAAUAGUUGUAAUUUGUGCUACAAGUAAACCAGAACAAAUAGAUGAAUCUCUCCGGAGAUAUUUCAUGAAGAGACUUUUAAUUCCACUUCCAGACAGCACAGCCAGACACCAGAUAAUAAUACAACUGCUCUCACAGCACAAUUACUGUCUCAAUGACAAAGAGGUUGCACUCAUAGUUCAGCGCACAGAGGGUUUUUCGGGACUAGAUGUGGCUCGAUUGUGUCAGGAAGCUGUGGUAGGUCCUCUCCAUGCCAUACCACCCUCAGACCUUUCAGACAUUAUGCCUAACCAGUUGAGGCCUGUGACAUAUCAAGACUUUGAAAAUGUAUUCUGCAAGAUUCAGCCUAGCAUAUCUCAAAAAGAACUUGAUACAUAUAUUGAAUGGAACAAAAUGUUUGGUUGCAGUCAGUGAUUUCCCUUAAACUUUGCAUUGAAUGUUGUGGCACAUGAACACAGGUAACAGAGGGAAUACAUACCCUUUCCGCUUGUGUUCAAAUUGUAAAUGGUACAUGGACAUUCACAAUACCUUUGCAUCUGAGGAGUCAGGUUAGACUUGUAUGAAAAGUGCAUCAAAUAUCUGUGCUCGGAAAUAAAAAUCAUAUAACCGAGAGCAUAAGUCGAUGCCUAGGUCUAUUCAAGCUAGUCAACGCUCACCAAGAAGCUGGGUUAAAGUGGGUUGAUUCUGGAAGAACAUGAACCUUGUGUGUGUUGAUUCCAUUCUGCUGUUCUUGAGAUUUAGUUGCUGUCAAGUGCCUGAAGUGGUGCUUUAUUUUUUUUGUUUGCCUCACAAUUACAUUGGUGGCAUGUGCUAAUAUAAAGAGCUUUAACUUCAAACAUUGCUGGACUAGAGAUGAACGAUUGUGUUGAUAGACAGAGAGCCAGAUUUUUGCCAUUGUAUGAGCAACAGUAUUCCUCAGACCUGUCUGUUCUGCAGAACAAUAAAAACAGGAAAACCAUGAUCUGGACCUUAAUUUCUGCAGUUCAUUUCUUUUAAUGUUCUGUCUGCAAAAAAAGAGAAAAAAAAAACUCAGGAAAGUGAUUGCUUUGUACAGUACCUCAAAGGAAUGUGUUAAAAGCACUUUGUACUGCUGAGAGAUAAAUGAUAGGCAUUCAAGUUACUUUAUAUUAAAAUUUAUGUUUACCUCAACCGUUGGAAAGUGGCAUGGAAAAUAUAUUUGAAUGUAUUGGGUUUCUUCAUAUGAAAAAUGGUGGAAGUCUUGCCAGAGCAAUUUGUAACAAAUGAAUUCCCUCUGUAAUUAUAUAUUAUUUUAUAACCUUUCUAAACAUGUUCAUAAGGUGAAAAUAUUCUUUACAGUUCAGUAUUUAUUAGAUAUUACAAUGGGAAGUAAACAGAUGCCACCGAUAUUGUUUCAUUCUAAUUAUUUUUUUGGGGGGUGGUGUGAAUCAACUUUUUUGCUAGACUUUUUUUUAAAAGGCAUCCUUACUUAAAAAACACUAUAAUUGGGUAUCAUCUUAAGUUUUUUUUUUAUAUGCACAAUUAACAGGUCAAAGCAUGGGUAGUAAUUUAAGUCCAAGAGAGUUACAAACAGCUUUAGAUGGUGAAUUUUGCAUUGGGAGAACUACUGGCAAUCCCUAUUGAUCCAGUGGUUAUAUUACCCCAACAUGGGCUGUGCCAUUGGUGCUGCUGUUAUACAGAUGUAUACAUUUUAUUAUCAGUAAAAGCCAGUUCUUUGUGCAACACUCUUCAUUCUGCCUUUCAUUGUCCAGUAACAUACGUAGAUAUUUUGAAGCGACUUAUUUAUUUAAAAAAUAAUAUAAAUCAAAAUGUUAUGUAUGCAGACUGAUGUAAAAUAACCAGUGUCACUACCGUCAUCAACAAACUUGUAUAAAAUUACCAAAGUCCUCCAAAAGAUUUAAUAUAAUGGAUCCAGUGUUGCUACUUACGGCUACUUGCUCCUACCAAAAUGCAUAUAUACAUACAUAAAACUGAAUAUUAUUUAAUAAAGAAUUUGAUUUUCUUUUCAGCCUGUAGUGUGGAGGUCUUGUAGAUGUAGUGUUGGUCCAAAAUUGUAUAUUGCUGUUAUAAUUUGUGAAUCCAUGUAGUGAGCAGGAAAGGUCUUUUCCCCUCCCAAAGAUGUAACUGCGCACAAAAACUCAACAUCCCAGGUGCCUGUACAUCUCUGAAAAACACUAUCCAUGGAUGCUCUUUCAAAUUGAAAGGGUUAGCUUCUGUAGAUAAUUUAACUGCAAUUCAUACAAAAUUAAAGAAACAUUAGUGCUAAAUUCUGGGUUUUUUUUUAAUAUAUUCUGUAGUGGUGAUAAACAUGUUCCUACCUUUGUAAAACUUGGCCAUAUAAGAACUUUAUCUUUUGGAAGAAGAGAAGGUGCAUUUUUCUUUGAUAAUCCUUGUCAGGGAAGCAAAUAUUUGUAUACCAAGAAUGACCAGGAAAUCAAGAGGUCAGAGAAAAAUAGUUUCCCCAUAUUUCCAAAAACAGCACAAGGAGUAUCAUGUUCUUUUCUAGAAAUGUACAUAACUGUUUUCAUAUAAGAAAGAAUUAUACUUUAGCAUUAUUGUGCUUUUAACAUUGUUUUAAAUGUUGUCACUGGCACAUAAAACAGGUCAAAUGGUACCAUAUGUUUAAUUUUUAUGUCCCUAAAUGAUUCUUUUGUACUACAUACUUGACUUUUGCUCUACUUGUGUACUUUUUCAAAUGUGAACCACCGUCAACCCUUGCUUUAAUUGUAUUUUUUUAUUAUUAUUAAUGGAUAGUAAUUGAUGUUGGGUUCAUUCCCUGAGCAGUGUAUGGCCUACAGAUAUCCCAAAGCCUGCCACUACAUGAAUAUAACAAUCUGGCUUUUUGAAUGUAUUGGUUUGUUUACUUUAACAGAAACAGCAACAUAACUGUUUCAAAGCACUGGGGUUUAAUGUACAUUAAAGACCUGAAAUGCACUGAAAGUCAUAUGAGAAAAUAUUGUACCUACUGCUUUUUCCCUUGUAAAUUCCUUGCUCAGAUACUUUACAUGCACCAAAAUAAUGAUGUUCUUUGUAGGACAAAAGCUUUAAAAGGAAAAAUAACUCUAUAUAAACUUUAUGGAGCUAAACCCCACCAGUGGUUAGGUUAAAGGCAAUGUAAUGUACAUAUUUUUAGUUUAUUCUUCUUCUGCAAAACACAUAGGGGAGUAUUUACUAAAACUCGAGAUUAUCUAAUUUUUUUAAUUAAAACAAAGUUGACCUAACUCCCAUCCAUAAAUUGAACUAAUUUGUCAAUAAUUCUUAUUGAAAAAAUUGGUGCGAAAAAAUGUUGUAACAAAUGUGUGUGUCAAUUCGACUCCGCUUGAGUUUUUAAAGGAGAAAACUUGAAUUUUUAGAGGGAAAAAAAAAUCUAAUUUUUGGAGAUUUAUUAUACCCCAAACCUGCUAAAAAUCUGAAUUUGAAAAUACUCCAGCUAAAACCUGUCAAAGACAUGUAGAAGUCACUGAAGAUUUUUUUUUGACAUUGUGAUCUGCACAGUAGAUAAAUUUGAGUUGUCACAGCGAAAUUCGAUAAAGUCGUGUUUUUAGUGUGUGUCAAUUCGAAAAAGUUGCAUGAUUUGAAUUGAUGCACAAUUUUGUUGCAGACUUUUUCAAGAAAAAUUAUUGGUAAAAAAGUCGAGUUUUAGUAAUUCUCCUAUAAUCUUGACCUUUUUUAACACUCUUCUUUUUUAAACAAUGAUCUGUUUUUUCAAAAAAUAAAAAGCUUGCCACCUGAAAUCUGAUAAGCCUUGUUUUUAUUUGGUUAAAAGAAUUAAAAAAUGAAAUGAAAUUGAAAAAUGAAAUGAAAUUAAAAAAACACAAGAAAAUCGAUGGAAGAUUAAAAUUUCUUGCAGUUUUUCCAGAUCCCUGAACAGGCUCUUCAAAGGGAAAUAAACAUGCCCCUUACUGCAUCCCUACACACUUUAAAGAUGUCUGAUUACCAAGAUUCCAGGGCGAGAGAUAUAGAUGUUUCUAAUGGCUCAAUACUUCAUUGCCUUAUGGCUGAUUAACUGACUAUCUUGCACAUGUUAACCUCAUUGUUGGUGGAGCUUAGUUGUUGUUUUCAUUUGUUGAGAAAAAUGUCUACGUAAAACUCAAUUUAUGUUAAUACCUUUGUGUUUACAUUGAAUAUGGACCUAAAGUCGUCUUAGGAAACGGCCAUUUUGAAAAUACCACUAAAAAUUACUUUCCUACACAUUUUAGUGAAGUGUGGUUUCUGUUAAUGCAUCCCUCCAUUACUCAUUGUGGUGACUUAAAGAAAACAAUAUUUUUACUUAAGGUUCUUUCAGUAGCAUACGGCAAAUGGAAAGCAGCUCUGGUACUAAGGCACACAGGUGUGAAUAUAGACUGUGUGCUCUAUACCAAAUUUGAAAUAUCGGCCUGGGGUCUUGGGGUGCACCAGCACUGCCAGUCCGCACUUGGGACCUUUUCAGCAUAGGGAGUUGUUUUGUAUUUACUGUUUUACUUGCACUUCCAGAGAGAUCUACAACAUGUAACAAGCAUAUAGCCAAAUUUACUUAAUAAAUGUAUAAUACCAAAUAAUAAAAUAGUAAUUGGACUUUUUCUUGUGUAAAAAGAAUGUUGUCCUACCUAAACUUAUGCUUCACUUUGUGAUUCUGUGUACCAGAAGUUUGGUGAAUUUAUUUGCAAAGUGCUCACUUGUAAUCUGUUGGAUUGAUUUGCAAUAAAAUUUUAUCCAAAAAUC